AUUUUCUGUGUUCCUCCACCUUCGGCUGCCCUGCACCUAACAGGUGCUCGACACAUGUUGAACGGAUGAACGGGUGGGCUGAUGGAUGGAGGGCCGGCUCGGGAUCCCAGCGUCCGCCACAGGGGCUGGGGGAGCAGCCCCGCUAGAGGGCUCGGGAGAAGCCCCAGGCCCCCGCCCGCCCCGCGGGCCCGGGGUCCAGCGGGCCGCGGCCCUUGGGGGCGUGUCCUCCCGGGCCCGGGCGCCGCCGCCUGGAGCAGCCGGCCAGGGGCGCAGCAGGACCGCGGCGGGGCAGAGAGAAGGCGGCGCCAGCAUGGAGCGCGAGCUGGAGGAGCUGGAAGCCCGGCCCGCGCGCGCGGCGGCGCCGCCCUUUCAGGCGCUGGUGGAGGCGGCGGGCGGCCGCGGGCAGGUGCUGCUGGUGGGCGAGCUGUGGGAGCGCGAGCAGAGCCGCGCGCUGCUGCGGGACUUCGCCCGCGCCCUGUUCCCGCAGGAGAAAGCCGCGGGCAAGCCCGGCCGUGCGGAGGCCGAGGGCUCCGCGGCGCCGGCGCCGGGGGCGCAGCGGGCGCCCGGGACAGCGGGGUCGCGCGCCCUCCGCUCGCCGCUCGUCUUCGUGCUGUGCCGCGCGUCGUCGCUGGCCGCCCGGGAGCCGCGGCGCCGCCUGCGGGAGAUGCUGAGGGACGUGCGCGGCCGGCGGCGGGCUGGCGCGGCGCUGGUCGGGGUGCUGGUGGCCGAAGCCGGCCCCGAGGACGCGGAGGCUCCGGGGUUGCGGCUCCUGGAGGCGCUGCUGCGCGCCGUGUUCGGCCGCCAGGCGGGGGGCCCCGUGCAAGCGGCCGCCUACUGCCCGGGCCACCCGGCCUCCAGUCUGGCGGUCCAGGCGGCCGCCUGCAGGGCUCUGCAAGCCGCCGGGCCCGUGUCACCAGCAGAAGAAGCCUGGGAGAGACCAGGCCUCCCGGCACUGCUUGCAUGCUUUUCCUGGGGUCCCUGGAGUCGGGGGAAGGACCCAGAUGCCGCCUUCCCCAGUGGCCCAGCUCAGGAUAACUUCCAAGCCCCUGAGGAGGAGCUGGCCCUGACAGCCUUAUUUCCCAACGGAGACUUUGAGGAUCUUGGAAAGGGGUCUACAGCCUGUGAUGGAGUUGUCCACACUCCUACUGAGCCUGCUGGAGACUCAAGAUGAGGCUGGCCCCCUGGGCUGCCCGGGUUCUAAUCCACAAACUGGAGGCAGGCUCCUCAUGAGCCCCCGUGCCUCCAUGUUGACCUCGGGCUGGUGGUAACGGCGAAGGCCCUAGCUGCCGGGGCUGCUGCACUGACAGUUACCAGCUACAGGGGGACUUACUAAGCUAAGCAGGACCUAGGAAACUGUACCUAGGAACCUGCACCCCCUCCUCAGAUCUGCUCACUCUCAAUCACACUGAGGGCUUUUUGGUCUCUCUGUACCGCAGUUUCUCCUUGCCAUUGAGACAGGUGGCUAUCUGCUUUGAGACGUUGCAGUGCUGUGACACCCUGUGGCAUGCUUGCAUGAGCACCCAUCAUUUCAAGUGUGGCUGGAAAGAACUGUGGACUAGAAGUCACCAGAUGUGGAGGGGUGGCCUUGGACAUGUCACUCAACCUUUGGGGCUUCUGCUACUCAAACACAUGACAGGUCUGCCAGUCUGGUGGCUGUCAACCAGGGCCAGGUUGCUCCUCCAAGCAGCAUUAGAAACUUGUAUAUGUGGAGUAUGUGAAUGUGACUGUGUGUACUGGGGGAUCACUGUGACAAUGGGGUGCCCCUAGCAUUUACUAGGCAUCUCACAAUGUGUGGGACAAUCUCCAACAGCAAAGAAUCGUUCUACUCAAAACGCUAAUUGUUCAAAAAGCUUCUCUUGGAGAAGCUCUGAAUGAGCCAAUCCCUUUUGAAAUUCUAGGAAGAGCCUUCCAGAGCAGGGAAGUUUGGGUUUCCUGGACCUGGGCUUCCAGAGCAAGCCAGAAUACAGACUAUACCACUGCCGUGGGAACCUGCUGGGCCAGGGCCAAGAUAUCUGUGUGCUAUAGGCCCAGGAGAGAAAGAGCCUUGCAUACCAUGAGAAGAAAGGGACCUCUUUCUUCUUCUUAUUGAUGUUGACUUUCUGUGCCAAGUUCUUUGAGAAUAAGGAUGCUGGGAACUGACCACAGCACCAAACAGAAAGAAAGUUAUAGCACGGAUUAUGACAUAGGACUUGCUCUAGAUCUUAGGCCCUCGCCCAAGGUCAAAGCAAACCCAGCCCAGAGGUGCCGAGUUUCUGAAUCCAUUUUUCUCUGUCUAUAAGUCAGACAGAGUCAGUGAUGUUCCCUUAAAAGCUAGGAAGGCCAUCUGUCACUCAGAGGGAAUUUUGCUUUACCUCCCUUGCCUUCGUCACCUGCCCCUGGAGAAAUCCAGUCUUUGGAAUGGCAAGAGCAGCCUCUGGUUUUCUCUGGUAGGAAGUACCAUCCCUGGAAGGGGCUGAAUUCAUUCAUCCAUGGAUGACUCGGUCAGCGUUUUGUAAUGUGUGUGCCCAGUGCUCUGCAAGGUGCUGCCCAGCUUCCAUUAGUUAUUCUGGUUCUCUCUCUGCUAGCGCCAAAAUGGGAAACUUCCUGUGGCUGAGGGGCUCUGUGAUACCGAGGUUGGGCCAUCCCUACCCAUGUCUCAAUUUAUUCUCUAUAAUAAGAAGCCUAAUGCUAUCCCUCCUCUGCCCCACGGGGUUAGUGUGAGGGCAAGCAGGAUGGCAUUUUAUUUGGGGUUGGUUAGCAGCAGGGGUCAUUUUAAUAAUGCAAGGCUGUCUCACCAAUAGAGGCACCCAGCUGACUUCCUUCUACACGAGAACGAACUCAAUGAAUCACUGUUGAUUUUGUUUUAAAAAUGGGGAGAGGUAUUUUUGAAGCCGCUGUGUUUUUCUGUUUCUCUGUUAAUUUCAUUGUAAUCAUUUGGUUGGAGUUAUAUUAUUUGGCGAGGGAAGGGAGCUUUUUUUUAAGUCAGGAAAUUUAUAUGGCAGAAGUUACAAGGCAGCAGCCUCUGCCGUGUUUAAAAAUCUUUUGCAUUUGGUGCCAA